AUGGCCGCCGCCGCGUUCUCCAUCAGGGGGUACGCGGCGAGCAUGAGGGGCGAGGCGGCGGCGGAGGGUCGGCGUCCCUUGGGCAUCGAACAUCUCCCACCUAUUAAGGCGCCGCGGUUCCGGUGGUGGGCGGACGAGCUGGCCUCCGCCGUGGCUGCUGCUGCGCCGGCGGCGUCCCCGAGGAGGUCGCCAGGGAAGUCGAAGCCGCCGAAGAAGAGGUCCAUUUCUGACCUCUUCGCCGCGGCGCCUCCCUUGGACAUUCCCUCCGCCCCCGCCGGUGAUAGCGGAUGCAACGAGCAAACGGAGGUGGACGGCGACGAGGCGCUGUGCGCGAUCGUGAGGCGGGCCAAGGAGCAGAAGAAGCAGAAGAGGAGACUGCAGGAGGAACAGGAGGAGACGGCAGCGGCUGCCGCGCCGGAGAGCAGCGGAGGGCGAGAUCCGGAGGGGAAUUUCGCGGCCACAAAGGAAGCACAUGAAAAUCCAAAUUUACCUGAUGGACUGGAUGCUUGCCCAUCGCAGAAACCUGAGGCUUCACAACGUCGCAGGAAAGAGAGAGAAAAUAUAUCUGGGAGUAGGAAGAAGGCGAAGAUCAAUAAUGCAAAGAAGAAGGCUGACACAAAGAAGUGCAUUGACAAUAGCAAAGCUGGUAAAGUGGGAAAACCAAGAGAUCUGGGAAAAUCUCUCCCUAGGCAAGGCAUUCUGAAGUACACAGAGCACACAUCUGUGAAAAUGGCCAAUGAGAAACAUGUCAAUUCAAAAGGCCAUGAAGUAAUAGAACUAUGCUGCAAAUCAGUGAAGGGUGUCAAAUUCUCAGAAGCAGAUGGUGUAAUUGGCAGUAAGACGCAGAGUUGUGAGCUACCCAAACAACAAAGUCUCUGCAAGCUGUUCUCGGAUGCUAUGGCUUCAUCGUCAUUCUCUUCGUCAACAUCAUCCACGUCCAUUGAAGGAGACAAAUGUGUAACUGCAGAAACUAGUAGUUCUGACAUGCCCAACAAAGCCUUCGCUAAGACUAAAGAAGCAAAUAAGCAUUGCGAUAACAAGUACUCUGCUGAGCCUAGUAACAGAGAGAUGUCUGCUCCAUUCAUUGAUCUGAAUAUGACACCACCAGAAUGUACUGAUUUAGGCUGCACCUACGAUUCAAAUUUAGAGGUGCCCAAUCUUGAGCAUAGACAUGAUGAAACUUUAAGUUCUGAUGCUGAAUUGCUCGCUGGUGGAGAAAACUUGAUGAAUUUAUCUUUUGGCUCACAGGGACUGGAAAGCCAACCACCUGCUUCUGACUUUGAAAAAAUAAAGAGUUCAAGAUGGGCAGGCACAUUUUUGAAUGGUGAGGCAAUCAAUGUUUCCGACAUAGAUGCUGUUGGUUCUCCACUGAGCUUAAGAGAACUCGCUGAGACUCGUUGGGGUUGCAGUAAUGUUUCAGUAAAUGAUACCAUGACUAUGAGUACAUAUCCUUGUGCAUUGCCAGACCAGACAUUUCAGGAUUCAUUUACGCAGCACAAGACUUGGUUCUCCAGAAAUCUGAAUAAUGUUGGCUCCCAGCUUUCUCGUGAAUGUAAUGUGUCUCACAGCACGGAGUUAUAUUCUCGUUCUGAGUUGAACGUGGGGCACGAGUGUAGUCCUUCUACGGGACAGACAGUUCGUUUGAUGGGUAAAGAUCUUACAGUUUGCACGACCAGAGGUGAAUCGUUUGCUGAAACUGCACAGAAACAUACAGGAACUUCCACCAAUGACUAUCUUAAGGCAAAUGUAUUAUUGCCACAAGGACAGCCUUUUUUCUCUUUACAAGCUCAAAGUUUCCCCAAUGUUGCGGUAAAUUCUACCAGAACAACUCAAGCUUCAACAUAUCAUGCAAGCACAAGUCACGCACAUUUUGGGUACAGGACUCCACAUGAUUUCAGUCACCCGUUUCCUGCAGCUAAUAUAUUUUCUGGAGAUCGAUUGCCAUAUGAAAGCAGGUAUGGUGGUUUUUCAAACUCACGGACCAAUCAGACUUUUCUAUUGGGGUGUCCACCUCUUCCGAAUCAUAGCAGUGCAGCAUUCCAUCAGAAUACACCGCGUCCUUGGCGUUAUUUCUCUGAUCCCUUCGCUGGGGAUGAACCACCUGCAGCACCAUUUUUGCCUGUAACCGGACAGCAAAGGACACCACCUUCAGUGUUCCAUGCCGAUUUACCUCGUCAACAUGUUGUGCAUUCAGCAAGGUCGUCCGUUUGCCCUCUUAACUCUGUGAGUUAUACACUCAGCCAUCCAGGCCAGGUAAUUCAAGAAGUUUCCAACAGCACAGGAGAUGCAGCCCUUCUGUCCAGAAAUACAGAGAACCGAAUGAGGAGAGCUGUUCCUGACAAUUCCAAUGCUUCUUCUAGUUGUCGCAGUGUGCAGAAGAGAUCAGGACCGGUGAAGCUCACUCCCGGCGUGAAGCAUAUACUGGUGCCAAGCGAUAGCACACAUGGCGAUUCUAUGCCUGUGUACUCCUGUUUAUCCUUCGGAAGUAGGAGCGGAAAUGCUGCAGGGUCUCAGAACAAAGGAGCAUGA